AUGAAUGAAUCUAGGCAGCAGUCACUGUUCUUCAUGACACUUCCAGAUUUGCACAAACUCUGUGCUGUCCAGAUAAUAUUGAGUAACAGGAUGGCAGAUACUGAGAUUAGGAGUACACAAAUGAAGAUGUGCAGGCAAUUGCUGUUUUUGCAUGAAGAUAUUCUUACAUCACCUGUGCCUGGGAUACUAAACCAAAUUUGGGUGGUGAUGGCGAUACCAUUUUUUAAAGCUGGGAAACUUAAUGCCUAUAUUGAAAAAUAUGGAGCUAAGAUGGAGGCUCCACAAAGAGUAAUUCCUAUAAUUCUUCAAAACUGCCUUUUGUAUUCAUUCACGGCUAGACUUGCACCAGCCUGGAAUAGAACUGGCCAUCUCUUGGUGCAAGGAAGAGAUUUUCUUUCUCAAAUGGGAAAGCAAAAUGCUGUUGUAUUGGACAUCAAUGUAACAGAAACUCAAGUUUGUCUAAGUAUAGAAGUUUUCACCAUCAGACUGCCACCACCUGAGCUAAAGGAGUUUGAUAUUUCUCAAAGUAUUAUAGAGAAUUUUCAUUCUAACAAGAAUGCUGUCAUUGAGAGACAUUCCAUUUUGAACAACUGGUGCUACAUUUUACCAAGUAUGAAAAUGGGACAAAUAAUAAAUAUUCUUCAUGUCACACCCUCUGACUGUCCAUUUCACUCAUUUGAAGAUUUCCAAAUGCACUGGGAUGACCUGUAUGGCUAUAAACUUCCAGAAGAUUGUGGAGAUGUUAAAAUAUAUUGCAACAUCUACUUCAAAAUGGUCCGAGAAAGAACCUUCACAUACCCUCUCAGUUGCAUUAGAAGUCAGCCCAUACAGUUCUUUCCAAGGGUAGAUUUGGAAGGAGUAUUGAAAAGUUUUCUUUCAGACUUAAAGUCUAAACUACCCCAGAUAUGUGGAUUUCCCAUAAAGAUGACAAAUAAACCUUGCUACUACACACAUGAACUAACCAAACCUCAUAUACAGGAAAACAAAGUCAAGCCGCCCAAUUUGACUACUAAAAAACUGUUCAGGGCUUCUCUGACUCAAGCCACUUCCUUAAAACCUUCCUGGGCUCCCAGUCUUCUACCAUGUUCAGUAGCAACAGACCACAAGGUGGAGCUUUCCACAAGCCAGCCACAGUCUGGCAUUUUCUCAUCUCUGCAUGGCUGGCCAGAGUCUGCUCAGGAUAGAAAGCCAUCCCUGUCUCACAAGGUUCCACAACUUUGUUUUAAAGAGUCAAAACUCAACAGAGGAGACAAUCAAGUUCAGCAAACAAGCCUUAGCUCCCAAAAUAACAUCACCCCUAAAUUUAUACCAAUUUUCAAAAAUAAAAUGUUACAGACAAACAAAAAUAUCUCAGCACUUGGCAAACUGAAAAGAAAACAGCAUGUUUUUACAGAAUCUAAAUUAUUUUCACUUAAAACUAGUAUAAUCAAGAACGACAAACUAAAUUUAAGUCCAACUAUUAAAAAAACACCCAAUGGUAACAUUCAGAUGCAUGCUAGAAAUUUAAAUCAGAAGAGCUCCAGAUCUCUGCAAGAAAUAAAUAUUGAGUCCUAUGAAAGUAUGACAAAAUAUUCCUCUUAUGGAAAAUCAAUGGUGAGAUCAGAUGAAAGCAAACAGCUAUCUAAUAGUGAAGUAUUUCAGAUGUCAAAUAAUAAUUUAAGUAUGAUAAAAAGCUCUGUUAAUUUCCAUGAAAGAGAAAAUUUAACAAGUAAAUGUAUAACAGAAAUUUUAGGGAAAAGCCACAAGUCUCUAAAACUGGAAAGACAGCCACACAUUUUUGAAUCAGACAUAGAAACUAAAGAUCCCCAACUACAGCAGCAAUCAGCAAAUCAAACUAAAGAAGUCAAUGUAAGUGAUCAUAGGUCAAUAGUAAGCAGAACAGCCCGGUCUAAAAGAAAAUUACAUCUGGAGCCUUCAGACACUUCAAAGAAGCAUCAUUCCAGCACUGCUCACGGGCGAUCCAGUUCUUCUAGGGACCAGACUAGGAAGUGA